AUGUUUGCAAAGGUGACAUGUCGCUCGUGGUCGCGGGUUUUCGACAACAUAAAACCACAUUAUUUCUCCGUGAGAGUAAAACAUGAGACGAGUGUUAAGGACUGUCGCAGAAGCAGGGUUUUAGCAGUAUGCGGACUCCGGGUGUCCAGAGGAGCCAGGGGGUUCUCCACAGACCGAGUGCUGUGUGCCAAAACACGGAGAGACUCAAAGAGAGAGCUGUCAGAGAAGAAACUGACUCGAUAUUUCGUGGACUACCGCCGUGUGAGACUGGUGGCCGGCGCCGGUGGAAAAGGCGCCUGCAGCUUCCACAGUGAACCUCGCAAAGAAUGGGGCGGUCCUGACGGGGGGAACGGAGGAGAGGGGGCAGCAUCAUCAUUAAGGCUGACCGGCAAGAACUGUUAUGGUCGCAAUGGCUGUCCAACCUUUAUAAAAGUACCUUUGGGCACCAUAGUAAAGGAGCAGGGCGAAACAAUCGUGGACCUCUCUGACCACGGCCAGGAGUUUGUGGCUGUGUUUGGCGGAACCGGGGGAAAGGGGAACCGUUUUUUCCUGUCCAAUGAGAACCGCGCUCCAAUGACGGCCACUCCAGGAGAGGUCGGCGAAGAACGGAUCCUACAGCUGGAGUUACGCACUAUGGCACAUGCAGGAUUGGUUGGCUUCCCGAACGCUGGUAAAUCGUCUCUACUGAGGGCCAUCUCAAAUGCUAAGCCGGCUGUAGCUGCGUACCCCUUCACCACUCUCCAUCCACAUGUGGGAAUUGUUAAUUAUAGGGAUCACGAGCAAGUAGCAGUCGCUGACAUUCCCGGGAUCAUCCGUGGAGCUCAUCUGAACAGAGGAUUAGGACUGUCUUUCCUCAGACACAUCGAGCGCUGCCGUUUCCUCCUGUUCGUCCUGGACAUUUCUUCUGCUGAGCCCUGGACAGAACUGGAGCACCUGCGUUACGAACUGGACCAGUACGAACCAGACCUGUCACAGCGGCCUCACACCAUCAUCGCCAACAAGAUGGACCUUCCGGAGUCCAAAGAGAAGCUCCAGACUCUGAGGGGACGCGUGGAACAGAGGGUCAUCCCACUGUCCGCCCUCACAGGAGGGAACACAGAAGAGCUCAUCCUACACCUCAGGGAGCUUUACGAUGGCCAGCUUCACGGACAAGAUGACAGAUGA